AUGAGUUCAGUUCUAUUACCUAUCAAACCAAACAGAACAGCUGAUUUCCGUACUUUGGAAAGGGAAGAACGGUUUCGUAAACCACCCAAAGAUAAAUCAGCAUUCCCAUUACUAGCAGAAGCUAUUGAACCGCAUAUUGGCUCCUUUAACGCAUUAACUGAAGGUCCAGAUGGUGGUUUGUUGAAUUUGGGUGUUAGAGAUAUUGGAGAAAAAAUCAUCUUUGAUGGAUCCAAAUCUGAUGCUAAUCCAGAUUACUUAGGCAAUAAGUUGUCCAUUAAAAUUGAACAGGUCUCUUUAUCCAAGCCAAUGUCCAAUGAUGGUGUGUCUAACGCCAUUGAAAGAAAGAUUUUCCCAACCGAAUCCAGACAAAGAUUAAGCACUUAUAAAGGUAAACUAAUGUUGAAAUUAUCCUGGAAUGUCAAUGAUGGGGAAGAGCUUUUCACUGAAGUAAGGGACUGCGGUGGUGUUCCAAUUAUGCUGCAGAGUAAUAGGUGUCAUUUACAUAAAUUAUCUCCAGAAGAAUUAGUUAGACACAAGGAAGAGUCUGAUGAAUUUGGUGGCUAUUUUAUUAUCAACGGUAUUGAGAAGUUGAUCAGAAUGUUAAUUGUUCAAAGAAGAAACCAUCCCAUGGCCAUUAUUAGACCCUCCUUUGUUAAUAGAGGUGCCUCCUACACUUCUUAUGGUGUCCAAAUUAGAUGUGCUAGACCAGACCAAACCUCUCAAACAAAUGUUUUGCAUUACUUAAAUGAUGGCCAGGUAACUUUCAGAUUUUCCUGGAGGAAAAAUGAGUAUUUAAUUCCAGUGGUUAUUAUUUUAAAGGCUUUGUGCGAAACGUCUGAUAAACAAAUUUUUGAUGGUAUUGUUGGUCCAGAUGUUGAAAAUUCUUUUUUGACGGAUCGUUUAGAAUUAUUAUUACGUGGUUUUAAAAAAAAAUAUCCACAAUUGUAUAAUCGCAAACAAGUAUUACAAUACUUGGGUGACAAAUUCCGUGUUGUUUUUCAGGCUCCUCCAAAUAUGACUGAUUUUGCAGUCGGGGAAGAAGUUUUGAGACGUAUUGUUUUGGUUCAUUUGGGUGAAGAUAAUUGUGAUAAAUCCCGCUUAUUAUUAUUCAUGGUCAGAAAGUUGUACUCAUUGGUUGCUGGUGAGUGUUGUCCAGAUAAUCCCGAUGCCACACAACAUCAAGAGGUUUUGUUAGGUGGAUUUUUAUAUGGUAUGAUUUUGAAAGAAAAAAUGGAAGAAUACUUGAACAACAUUAAAUUACAAAUACAAGCUGAUGUUAACCGUGGCAUUGCCGUUAAUUUCAAGAGUCGUAAAUAUAUGACCCGUGUUUUUAUGAGGGUCAACGAAAACAUUGGUUCGAAGCUGCAAUAUUUCUUGUCCACAGGUAAUUUAGUUUCUCAAUCAGGUUUGGACUUGCAGCAAGUUUCUGGUUACACCGUUGUUGCAGAAAAAAUUAAUUUUUAUCGUUUUUUGGCCCAUUUCAGAAUGGUUCAUAGAGGAUCUUUUUUCGCCCAAUUGAAAACCACCACUGUCAGAAAGCUAUUACCGGAGUCAUGGGGGUUCUUAUGUCCUGUCCAUACACCAGAUGGUUCUCCAUGUGGGUUGUUGAAUCAUUUGGCUCAUAAAUGUAGAAUUUCUACCACCCAAUCCGAUGUUUCCAAAAUUCCUGAACUUUUGUAUUCUUUAGGUGUCACACCAGCUUCUCAGGUUGUUGGUGCUGGUCCAUCCAUGUCUUGUGUCCAAAUCGAUGGGAAAAUUGUUGGUUGGAGUAGCCAUGAAGACGCUAAGAUUGUAGCAGAUACUUUAAGAUUUUGGAAAGUUGAAGGCAAGACUGCCGGUUUACCACUAGAUUUAGAAAUCGGUUAUGUUCCACCCUCCACUGGUGGCCAGUACCCUGGUUUGUUUAUUUUCGGUGGUCAUGCAAGAAUGAUGCGUCCAGUCCGUUACUUACCAUUGGAUAAGGAAGACAUUCUUGGUCCGUUUGAACAAGUUUAUAUGAAUGUUGCUGUUACCGCACAGGAAAUUGCCAGUAAUGUACACACCCAUGUCGAAUAUACUCCAACUAACAUUUUGUCUAUCUUGGCCAAUUUAACACCAUUUUCAGAUUUCAAUCAAUCUCCAAGAAAUAUGUAUCAAUGCCAGAUGGGUAAACAAACUAUGGGUACACCAGGUGUUGCAUUGUGUCAUCGUUCCGACAACAAACUUUAUAGAUUACAAUCUGGUCAAACACCAAUUGUUAAGGCCAAUUUGUAUGAUGAUUAUGGUAUGGAUAAUUUCCCAAAUGGUACUAAUGCGGUUGUCGCAGUUAUUUCUUACACCUGUUAUGAUAUGGAUGAUGCAAUGAUAUUAAAUAAAUCUGCUGAUGACAGAGGGUUUGCGUAUGGUACUAUGUACAAGACUGAAAAAAUAGAUUUAAGCUCUAGCAGAAGCCGUAAUGAUCCAAUAACCCAACAUUUUGGUUUUGGUGACGAUGAAUGGCCUAAAGAAUGGUUGGAAAAAUUAGAUGAUGAUGGCUUACCUUAUGUUGGCACUUAUGUUGAAGAAGGCGAUCCAAUUUGUGCCUACUUUGACGAUACUUUGAACAAGACCAAGAUUAAGACUUAUCAUAACAGUGAACCUGGAUACAUUGAAGAAGUAAAUUUGAUUGGAGACGAAUCGAACAAAUUUCAAGAGCUACAAACAGUAACUAUCAAGUACCGUAUUAAAAGAAAACCACAAAUUGGUGAUAAAUUUUCUUCAAGACACGGUCAAAAGGGUAUUUGUUCCAGAAAAUGGCCAACGGUGGAUAUGCCAUUUAGUGAAAGCGGUAUUCAGCCAGAUAUUAUUAUCAAUCCUCAUGCUUUCCCAUCCCGUAUGACUAUUGGUAUGUUUGUUGAAUCUUUGGCGGGUAAAUCCGGUGCAUUGCAUGGUAUCGCCCAUGACGCCACUCCAUGGAAAUUUAGUGAAGAAGACACUCCAGCCGAUUACUUUGGUGAACAAUUGUUAGAGGCUGGUUAUAACUAUCAUGGUAAUGAACCGUUGUACUCUGGUGCUACUGGUGAGGAAUUAAGGGCUGAUAUUUAUGUUGGUGUUGUUUAUUACCAAAGAUUACGUCAUAUGGUUAACGAUAAAUAUCAAGUUCGUUCAACAGGUCCGGUUAAUAGCUUAACAAUGCAACCAGUAAAAGGUAGGAAGAGACAUGGUGGUAUUCGUGUAGGUGAAAUGGAAAGAGAUGCUCUAAUCGGCCACGGUACUGCAUUUUUAUUGCAAGAUCGUUUAUUGAACUGUUCUGAUUACACCCAAACCAGUCUUUGUAGGGAUUGUGGUUCCAUAUUGACUACACAAUCUAGUGUCCCAAGGAUAGGUUCGAUGGCCACUGUUCGUUGUCGUCGUUGUGCUAUCAAAUUUGAUGAGGUUAAGAAGAUAAUAUCUAAAACUUCAUCAGAUGGAAACAGUGGUGUAUUUAUUGAAGAUUCUAAUAUAUGGGAAGAUGGACAAGGUAACAAAUUUGUGGGUGGUGGUAAUACUACCACUAUUGCUAUACCAUUUGUUUUAAAAUAUUUGGAUUCUGAAUUAGCUGCUAUGGGUAUCAGCUUACAUUAUAAUGUCGAACCUAAAUGA